UCUCAACUUUGAUCGCACACAUCUCACAAAACAACGAUAAAGACACGCAGCAUGUCCUCGCGCGGGGCACUGCGGCUCAUUCUUACACGCGGGCGACCGCCCUCAAGCGCAGGCGCCAUCCCCGCACGGCUUCGGCGUCAGCUCAACACGAGCACACCAUCGCCACCGGCACGCACGUUGGCCGUGAAGCGCAAGUCGUCGUUCUGGGCGCCGUCGCACUCGACCAACUUUUGGUCGCCCAACCCGGCGCCAGAUCCGUCCAAGGGCGACGAGGGCCGUGUACCCGACGUCCCGCCGUCGCCCGACCUCACGGUGUCGGUCGCUGCGCCGCCACUGCCAGCACCUUCCGCCGUCACAGAGGUCGGAGAGGGUGACGAGGAGUGCUCCCCGCACCAGAUACGCAAGCAGAGAUACCUCGACAGCCUGAUGGACAAGGCUGGCGAGCUCAACCUGCAUUGCUCAAUUCUCGACUCGAAAGGCAAUUGGACGGUAGAAGAAGGCAGCUACAAGAAGACGGACCUGUGUCGCGCUCACGACCUCGACCCUCGUGAUCUUCGCAAGCUUGACUCGCUCACGCCGUCCGUCACACCCACACUCGUUCCAGUAAUUCUCACCCGCCGCACCUGUAUUCUCAUCUCGAUCCUCACCUUCCGCGCACUCAUCAAGCCUGACCGCGUUAUCAUCUUCGAAGCGCCGGGUACGGAGGAGAGUGAGACCACGCGCGAUUUUAAGAAGCAUCUCCAGAGCAACAUCCGUGCCGGCCUCUUUCCCGAGCACGAACGCCAUGAAGACUCGGAGCACCACGAGCACCACCUCGAGCUCAACUAUGAGCACCGCGCGCUCGAGUCGGUGCUCGUCGCCGCGGCCAACUCGCUCGAGAGCGAGAUGGAGUUCGUGCGCGGUCUCGUCAAGGAGCUCCUCAACAACCUCGAACACGACAUCAACCGCGAGUAUCUCCGUCAGCUGCUGCAUUACUCGCGCCGCUUGGCCGGCUUCCAGUCGCGCGCCAGGAAUGUCAAGUCGGCCGUCGACGAGCUCCUCGACUCGGACGAGGACAUGUCGGCCAUGUAUCUCACCGACAGGAAGCAGGGCAAGCCGCGUGCACUGCACGACCACGACCAGCUCGAGCUCCUGCUUGAGAGCUUCACCAAGCAGGUCGAGGAAAUCGUGUCAGAGGUCGACACGACAGUCGCCAACAUGCAGUCGACGCAGGAGAUUUCAGAGCUCAUGCUCGACUCGUCUCGGAACGCUCUGCUUGCCCUUGAUGUCAAGGUGUCGAUGGCGACGCUGGGUAUCGGCGCCGGCGCGCUCAUCGCUGGUAUCUUUGGCAUGAACCUUUCCACCAAUCUCGAACAGACCCCGUGGGCAUUUGCCGUCGUUGCGACCAUGUCCUACCUCUUCGCCUUCCUGAUCUACAUCUACGGCGUCAAGCUCCUCCGCAAGGUCGGGCACGUCUCGCUCGUCACCAACCCUGUGGCGUCGAUGAAAGCCGCCAAGACUCAGUUCCUGAAAGAGCGUGCGGCUGAGCGUGCGGCGCGCGAUAAGGAGCUCCAGGAGGCUCGCGACCAAGCAGCGGCGGCGGCUAGCGCAGCGGCUGCCGCAUGGGCGCGGGCGCCAAACGCCGACCACGAGCAGCGCUGGCAUCUUGUGCGUCGGCACCUCAAGUCGCGCGUCUCGCUCUGGGACCGUCUGUUCCGCCCGCACCUCCUUCGCCGGUCGCUCCUCGGCCUCCGACGACCUCCCGGUGCUCCGCAGGGCAAGCCGGUGAUCUGGACCAACGAGCCAGCCACGACGCAGACCCACCGCGUUGCUCCGAAGGUUCGCCCGCUCCCUGGCCACCCGGGUGGCCCACCCCUACCUCGCGAGCGCACCGCUCCACAUGUGCCAUCAUAUCCUUACGGGUCGGUGCCGCACGGACGGCGCAUCCCGGCGGCUUAUGUGCCCGUGAUGCCCAACCUGUCAUCACCAGCCGAGGCCGAGCACACACCCGUCCCAUCAGUCCCUUCAAUCUCUACCACACUCGCCAAGGCCCAUGCUCAGGCAGCUCGGUCGCCGCGGGUCCCACGCACCCCGCCGCCGCCACUGGCUGACGCCUCGUCGUAUAAACGCGACCCGUAAAACUCUAGCCCCACUCUUAGUUAAUCACGCAUCUCCGCUCAAUCGUUGGCAUCUUGACCCAAUACACACAUAGACUUUGUUGCACACUAGUUGUAGCCAUGCACCACUUGACGG